UUUGACCUGUAAUCCUAAUAUUUACCCGUGUGCAGAGCCUGUACCGUAUUUCACAUUUGAUGAAGCAGCUGAACUUGCAUAUUUCGGUGCACAGGGUGUCCCCACCCCUUUUUUUAGGUGAGACUAAUCCUUGUGGAUGCACGCAAUCACCCGCAAACCAUGUGCAUUGGGUUUUGCAUCCGCAAUCCAUGCGACCUGCUAGAGAGGCGGAUAUUCCUGUUAGGGUCAAGAACUUUUGUAACCCUAAUGCUCCAGGUACCCUCAUCACCAGAGUUAGAGAUAUGAGUAAGCAUAGCGUUGAAGCGGAAUGUCACUGUGCUGGAUAUAACGAGCACUCGAGCAGUUGGUCAGCACGAUUUCUUUAAGAAGGUCUUUUCCAUCUUUGAGAAAUUGGGUAUCUCUAUAGAUGUGGUUGCAACUAGUGAAGUCAGUAUUUUGUUGACAUUGGAUCCCUCAAAGAUUUUGUGCAGAGAAUCAAUUCAGCAGCAGGCAAGCGUAGGAGCUUAAGAUCCUUAUAUUUCAUUGAGCUUAUUACUUUCUGUCAUCACUUAUUGCUGUGUCCAGCAUUUGGUAUAUUUGCAUUCUGUGAAUAGAUUCCGGCACUGAUGCUGUAAUUCACUAGUAUGCAGCCAAGUUUGCUGUCAUCAGCUAAAUAUACGCAGGUUAUACCUGUGAGGUUUGCUGAAGGAGGAAAAUGUGCAGUGCUCAGCUGAGGCAA